ACCAAGUCAUGUGGAGCUCGGUGACGUCCACCGGGUCAGAAAACGGACCAGCGCCGCCGUCCCGGAGCAAACAUAGUGCAACGUUACUCACCGGCCACGUCUACCUCCUGGGUGGUCGGAACGGCAACCUGCCCCUCAAGGAUUUCUGGCGCUAUAGCCUCGCGGAAAGCAGAUGGGAGGAGUUACAUCCUUCGGGGGAACGUCCUCCGGCCUUGCAGGAGCAUAGCGCAGUAGCCCACAAAGAAUGCAUCUACGUUUUUGGCGGGGAGCUUGGUUUUUCAGCGGGUACGGAGACGCCACUUUGGUGCUACUCGGUUAAGUUGGAUUCAUGGAGGAAAAUACGAGCUCAAAAAGGAUGCGCAGUUCCUAGAGGAAGGCGAGGUCAUACCGCACUUGUGCAUCGUGGGCAGAUGUUAAUAUAUGGCGGUUACCAGGAUUUACGAGGCAGUUCUUCGGAAUUAUGGGCUUUUCACUUUGAGACGGAAUCCUGGCAUCUGCUGUCGUCAUACGAGGCGGGGCCACCGGCUCGGCACAAACAUUCGGCCGUCCUUCACGGUGAUGCCAUGUACAUCUACGGGGGCAUGACGGACCUGCAGGAGCGUAGCGACUGCUGGCGAUGGGACGUGAAAGCGGCCUCCUGGUCCUUGUUAAGGAGCAAGCCAGGACCCGGGCCCCUCCACGGCCACGCCGCCUGCCGCCUCCCAAGCUGCAUGCUUAUCUUCGGGGGCGAGAGCGGCGGACUGCCGACCAACGAGCUCUGGAGGUUUCACUUUGGCACGGAAACCUGGGAGAAGCUGAGCAUUACCGGGCCGAAGCCUCAGCCCCGGGCGGAGAGUGUCGCCCUCGCGGUCUCGGAGCUGCUUAUACGCGGCAAUGGGAUCGACGUGGCCAGCGGAUGUACCCGCACUAGGGCCCGCAGCCAACGGAGCAAUUACUCCAAGGGCUCCGGCAAUUACGGGCGAGUCUCACCCUGUGAGCCGGCCCCUGCGCGCCCCAGCUUCCUCCGCGAGAUAUCCAAGCUCUCGCAGAUAAACCUGUCGAGGCUCAGUCACCCGAACAAGUGCAGCUACUCGGUGUUGAGCGCACACGACGACAACGAUCAGGAAAGCCCCCAGGAGGCGAACUCGUACUAUCCCUUUCAACAGGUGGACGGGGAAGUGGUGGAGCCGGCCACUGGAAUGGUAAAGUCCCGGAGCGCCAACACGCUGGCGCGUCGCCGUCAACGGCUGUCAGAUCCUCCGCGAUCCAGUAUGAUCGAGCCCCUCCUGAGCAACGGCAUGACGAGGGAACCGAUUUCCGUGCCAAAUUUCCGGACUCUCGCGCUGCCCACCCCCGUGCUCACGCCCGUCGAGGCGGCGCGUCUCGUCUUCGUCGAUCCGGACGAGGACACGGACGACGAGGAAGCCAGCCGCAGGAACCCGGCCAUCAGUCAGCUUAUCGAGCUACCCGAGGAGGAGAAGUGCAAAAAUACGAUAAAAAGAAGCAACUGCGACUACUUCAACAACGAUUUUGCCUCGAUCCAUCAAGCUUGCCAACCGUCGCGCGGCGAGAGCUACAGUUCCCAUCUUUACGAGGCCGUCCAGACGCCCAAGACGCCUUGCACGAAGCUACCCAAUUCAGCAUCCGUCCGUUUUGCCGACCUGGAGGAGGGCGAGGAGUCGACAUCCGACUACGCGAGCAUAGGGGCGCGCAGCCCCGGGGAUCCACUUGCCGAUGAGGAUUGGCCCAGCAGGCGCAGCAAGAGCUACCGUGGCUCUUCAUCUUCUACGUCUCAGGCUUUGAGGGAUGGCCAGUUCGGCUUCUGCAACCCGAACUACCUCGGGCUCGAGAACAGCACGAGCCUUAAUAACGACGGGAGUGGCGGGAGUGGCGGGAGUGGCGGGAGUGGCGGCAGUGGCGGCAGUGGCAGCGGCGGUGGCAGCGGCAGUACCCAGGCGGACUCUCGUUACGCCCGUAUGCUCAACAGUCCGCCCGACAGCGUCCUCGAGGACGAGCCAGGACGCUCCGCAUCCCAGACAUUCGCCGAGCUCCUCGAGCUCCAGGAGAUGAGGCCUCGCGCGCCACCCAAAAGCUUGCCACUGGGCUCGCCCUCGCGCCGGGCCAUAAGCGCCUCCCGGGCCGAACGUCAGCGAGCCAAAAUGGCCGCCAACGAAAGCAACGAUCGGCCGACACCUGGACCGGCGCCCCUCUACGUCUUUCUCGUCGGCGGCAAGGAGAAGGGCCAGGUCACUGUCUUUGCCAGGCCGGUCUCACUCUGGAAGCUCCAGCUGGCCCCUCACAUUUUCUAAGACACGCAUUCUCAAACAUUCGCCUUUACCACGGGAUACCGCGCACAUUUAUUUAUCCCUCCCACUCUCCCCCACUUUCGAUUAUUGCCGUUGAGAGUACGCGUGCAUCCUUGCGCAUCUUUGCAAAGGCAAUUGAUAAUCUAAGCCAAUGGCUGAUUCGGUGAAAGUGAGAUUUUGUUUUUGUUUUUGUUUUUGUUUUUGUUU